CCAACAUGGGCUCCAUCACCGAUCGCGACUUAGCCGCCGACGCCAGAUCGUUGAUUCAGAGAACAAUCCGCUCCUCGCAUGCCAAGUACGGAUUCGGAACCCUAACCUGUACUGUGUACGACACAGCGUGGGUAUCCCUCGUGACGAAGUCGAUCAACGGGCAGGAAGAAUGGCUUUUCCCCGAGUCAUUCCAAUACCUGCUCUCAACCCAGUGCAAAGACGGGAGCUGGGACACUGAGUCGCAGGCCCCGAUCGAUGGGGUUUUGAACACCGCCGCGGCGUUGCUAUCUCUGAAAAAGCAUCGAGAUAAUCCCUUUCAGCUCAACCUCGAUCUCAAUGACAUUGAUCGCCGCAUCACCCGUGGAACCGAGGCGCUCCGCUCGCGCCUAGAAACAUGGGACGUGUUAACAACCAACAACGUCGGGUUCGAAAUUACCGUCCCAUCUAUCCUCAAUCUCCUCGAAGAACAUGGCUUCGUCUUCGAUAUCAAAGGAAAAGAUGCACUCAUGCAAAUCCACGAUACCAAAAUGUCCCGCUUCAAGCCCGAGAUGCUGUACAGCACUUCUCGCUCGACUAUUGCACACUCUCUAGAGGCUUUGAUUGGACGAGUUGAGUUCGAUAAACUGGCACAGCAUAAAGUGCUGGGUUCGAUGUUCGCUUCGCCGUCUUCGACGGCCGCGUAUCUUAUGCAUGCUUCGCGGUGGGAUGAUGAGGCGGAGGAGUAUCUUCGUCAUGCGGUUAAGGCGUCGGCUGGGAAGGCGAGUGGGGGUGUUCCGGGGGUGUUUCCGACGACGCAUUUUGAGUAUAUCUGGAUGUUGGAAACGUUGCUGAGAGGGGGGUUCUCAGUGGCCGAUCUGAAAUGCCCAGAGCUGGGAGAAGUGGUGAAGGUUAUUGCUGAUGGGUACGAGAGGGGAAAUGGGGUGAUUGGCUUGAUGCCCGGUGUUCUGGCCGAUGUUGAUGACACAGCCAAGGGCAUUACGCUUCUGAGCAUGCUAGGGCACCCAGUCAAUAAUCUCGUUCAUCGGCUGAUUGAAGAGUUUGAGAUGCCCACUCACUUCCGGACAUAUCCAGGGGAAAGAGAUCCUAGUUUCAGUGCAAACUGCAAUGUUUUGCGGGCUUUCCUGCACCAGCCAAAUCCAUCUGACUACAGUUCACAAAUAUCGAAAAUCGUGACGUUUUUGUGUGACUGGUGGUGGAAAGCUGACAAUGGCCUUGGUGAUAAGUGGAACACCAGUCACCUCUAUUCGUCCCUCCUGUUGGUCGAGUCUCUAGUGCAUUCAUUGUCUCUGGUUGAGCAGGGCCGGCUGAAGAUCAACACUGACCCCAAAGUGGCAAUUGUUCUUUUCCAAGCCUGCCUACGGCCUCUGCUAGAACAGGAUGCCAAUGGUUCAUGGUCUCACUCCGUUGAGAACACCGCCUACGCGGUCGUCAUCCUGGGAGAAGCCAAAUGCGUGUCCUUCUUUGACCCCAUCCACGAAUGGGUGGAGACUGCUAUCGAGAAGGGCAUCGAAUAUCUCUCCUCUACUAGCACCGAUGCACUUACAUACCUCUGGUCAGACAAGGUCAGCUACACAUCCCUGACCUUGACCGAGUCAUAUGUGUUAGCGGCCCUGAAGUCCGUUCGCACUCCUCCUGGCAUAUCAGUGGGUUCCUCGUUGGCUCGCAUUUCUCCCGACAUCGCCAAAAGAGUCAAAAUGUUCCAGAAAACGCCUCUGCUACAGUCACUGCCCGAUGCAGAGGUUCAAGCCUCAAUGAUCGAAGCACUUCUAUUCCAGCCACUAUUUGACGUGUCGGAGCUGGAAAUCCUUCCAAGAAGCAUGGUAAAGGGCGGUAGCUACGCUACCAUCAUCCCAUUUACAUGGACGAGCUGCAAUAACCGGGCACGGUUCCAUGUGUCUCCAUCAUACCUGUACGAGAUGAUGGCUCUCUCCUUCUACACCUAUCAAGUCGACGAGUUCAUGGAGGCGGUGGCAGCUCCCGCCUUCCAGGGUCGCAUAGCAGAACUCUGCCAACUCGUCCGCACUGCAGUCGCCAGAGGAACCGCCGAUGUCGAAGGCAAUAUCGACACUAACAACGAUGAGAAAAAUCACAUCGACGCAUCUGGAGAUCAUGAAAUCUUUUCCCUUCUCUACCGAUUCGUCAGAGUCAUCAUGGGAAGCCCCAUCAUUCGGUCCGCAAGUCCUUGGGACCGAGAUACCCUCCAGCGUGAGCUCCAGAGUUAUCUACUCGCCCAAUCGUCGCAGAUCGAAGAUAGCAAUCGCUUCAAGAAGCAGGGGACAACAGCCUCGAUCAACCUCUCCUACUACAACUGGGUCCACAACAUCUCAUCAUACCACAUCGCAGCACCGUUCUGCUUUGCGUACUCCAACUGCCUAAUGGGAGCUACCCUAACCCCAUCGACCAACCGCGACUGUUUCCCCACAGCUACAGAAAAGUACCUCGCCGAGGCUGUGUGCGCACACUUAGGCUGCAUGUGUCGUAUGUACAACGACCUUGGAUCAUGGACCCGAGAUCGCGACGAGGGCAACUUGAACUCGAUCCAUUUUGCCGAGUUUGGCAGCGAGACUGUGGAUGACUUGAAGAAGAAGGCUGAGCUAUUCCGCUUGGCUGAGUACGAGCGCGAAUGUUGGAAUAAUGCCUUGCCGCAGCUUGAGGCAGCCAUGUGCGAGGGGAAGAACCCGGACGAGGCGAUGCGAGGGAGUCGUCGGAUGCGUAUUGUUCGGUACUUUUGCGAUGUGACGGAUAUCUAUGGGCAGAUAUAUGUUCUGAGGGAUAUUUCGAGUCCGAUUGAGGCGGGAAAGAGGGUGAAGAAUUAG